AUGCCUGCAGCUGCUGUAGUCAAACUCGAAAAUAAUGUAAUCCCCACUAAGGAUACAAAGCUGUUACUAGCUGGUGUCGUAUCUAUUCCGCCUGUUGCUAUUGGCGCAUGGCAAUGGGGCGAUAAGAAGGUGUGGAACUGGACACCCGAAGCUGAAAAGGACGCUAAAGAGGCAUUUGAUAAGGCCUUUGAGUUGGGUAUCCCAUUCUACGAUACGGCCGAGGUAUAUGGCGAUGGCGAAUCAGAGAGAGAAAUCGGUCGUUUUCAAAAGGAUUACUCUGAGCAAGAUAAGGAAAAGCAAGUGAUUGCCACCAAAUACUUUCCUCAUGAGCAUCGCACUCAAUUCCCAGAUGUACUGUUGUCUGCUUUGAAGGAUUCCUUGGCUCGAUUAGGCACAUUUCAAGUGGAUUUGUACCAAAUCCAUGCUGCCAUUCAUCCUGUUGAAAUAGAAGUUGUUGCCAACGCCCUGGCAGAUGCUCAUGAUGCAGGCCUGGUCAAAACUGUCGGUGUCUCCAAUUACAGCAAAGAAGAAAUCCAGCGUAUGCACGCAGCCCUUGCAAAGAGAGGCAUUGCUCUGGCUUCUAACCAAAUCUCGUUUUCUUUGAUCCGUACAAUCCCUGAGAAAUCGGGAUUGAUCCAGCUGUGCCAUGAUCUCGGCAUUACUAUUUUAGCCUAUUCUCCAUUGGGUAUGGGCCUCUUGACAGGCAAGUUUGGAUCUACAGGUCCAUGGCCCGAAGGACGCCAACAGACGUUUGAAAAGCUGGAUACCACGCAAUUGGGCCAUUUGCUGGAUGUGUUGAAGCGCUUGAGUGAAAAGUACGAGCGUCCAUCCAGUGCCAUCGCUUUGAACUGGUGCAUUGUCAAGGGUACUGUACCCCUGGGCGGAGCAAGAACCCAGGAACAUGUAGUGCAAAAUGCUCUGGCUUUAGGUUUCCGUUUGACUCAUGAAGAGGUGGCCGAACUGGACAAGUUCGCUUUCCUUGGAUCCAAUAACAAGGCGUGGCAGCAUGGAUAA